AUGAAGAUGAAACUGGUAGACCAGGUCGUUAGGAGUUUCCGCGUGGCGAAAGUGUUCCGGGAAAACACCGACAAAAUAAAUAGCAUUGACUUUUCGCCGAGCGGUGAGACGUUGAUUUCGUGCAGCGAGGACGAUCAGAUCGUAAUUUACGACUGCGAGAAGGGCACUCAAGUCCGCACUGUGAACAGCAAAAAAUACGGAGUCGAUUUGAUACACUUCACACAUGCUAAAAAUACCGCCAUACACAGCUCAACCAAAGUCGACGACACGAUCAGAUACCUGUCUUUACACGACAACAAAUACAUCCGGUAUUUCCCCGGGCAUACGAAAAAGGUCGUCUCGCUGUGUCUGUCGCCGGUUGAGGACACGUUCCUCUCGGGCUCCCUGGAUAAGACGCUGCGCUUGUGGGACUUGAGGUCGCCUAACUGCCAGGGGCUGAUGCACUUGUCGGGGCGGCCGGUGGCGGCAUACGACCCCGAGGGGCUCAUCUUCGCCGCAGGAGUCAACUCCGAAAGCAUCAAACUGUACGACUUGCGCUCCUUUGACAAGGGCCCCUUUGUUACGUUCAAGCUGACGCAGGAGAAGGAGUGCGAUUGGACCGGCUUGAAGUUUUCGCGGGACGGUAAAACAAUUCUCAUCAGCACAAACGGCUCAAUUAUCCGGCUGAUUGACGCUUUCCACGGAACCCCCUUGCAGACCUUCACCGGUCACUUGAACAACAAGGGGAUUCCCAUCGAGGCGUCCUUCAGUCCCGACUCGCAGUUCAUAUUUAGCGGCUCAACAGACGGUCGUGUCCACGUCUGGAACGCAGACACUGGAUACAAAGUCUGUGUUUUAAACGCUGACCACCCUGGACCUGUCCAAUGCGUUCAGUUUAACCCCAAAUACAUGAUGCUCGCGUCGGCUUGCACAAACAUGGCCUUCUGGCUUCCGAGUAUCGAGGAUACGUAAAGUACAGUUGUCGGGCGAUUUGUCAACUUUUUGAAACUGAAAGGUUUAAGACCGUCCAAUGCGGUAAACAUUGCGUUUUAAAGCUAGAUUAAGUCUUAAAUUUUUACAGUAGGGUUCUAACGAAUUUUUUAUCUUGGAAUUUGUGUACCUGUGUGUUCUUUUUGGAGCGAAUCAAGUACGUUGUAAAUAUGUUCCCUCUCUUGUGUAAAGAAAAUUAUAUAAAAUUAUUUUUAUAACAAAAAUUGCAUUUUUUCAAGGGCUUGAUGUCAAGUCGACGGUUUUACGAAUUGGUGGUCAAUGUGAUAAUAAUUGUAGAAACUAACAUUAAAAUUGUUUUUUAUUUGUAGUGGUUUCAGUUGUUAAGGGUCCUGUCUCUAAUACAUUUCAAGUUAUCAGUAUUUGUUUUUGUGAUAGAUUAGGAUCUUUUUUAAUUAUAUAAUACAUUUCCAGACUGAUGUGCACGCAUAGAUUUUAUUUUUAUCAUUCAAGUUGUGUUCUUUUACACCUCUAAUAAUUAAAAACUAAUAAUCAA